AUGCAGGAGAAGGAGAUCAGAAGUGUAUCAAUGAGUGACUGGGGUGUGCAAGUGUGUCCUGGGUGGAUCGGGCCCGCAGGCCUUCUGCAUAUGCUGUGCAGGAUUACACUGAUCCAACUUAAUGCUUACGACCAAGGCCUCAUUCAUAACUACAGCCACCAUCUGGCACCGCUGCCCACCCGGCCAGCCCACCAGAUUAACUCUGAGGAAGAUUCCACAGUCUCUGAUGGUUUAUACGGCUACAGUAAAGCAUGUUUUGCUAGUUUACCCCUAAGAAAGAGAGUUAAAAACAUUCAAAAGCAUAUCGAGGAGAGUGCAUGGAUGUCGAACACUAAAAAACACAGAAAUGCUGCUCGUGUGGUUGAUUCGGCCCGCAUUGCUGUUAAGAAAUUGGAGGUACUAGGCUAUAAGCCAGUUCUCUUCAUUUCGAAAGAGAAAAAAAAAGGGUUUGUAGCUGAAGUCAUCACUUCAAUGGGUCCAUUUACAGUCGGACCACUUCAAACCAUCUUUGAAAGGAUGACUAGCCUUCUCAUAGAUUACCAGAGGAUUCAAAGCCACACCAGUACUGCUGAAACUGUUUGCCAGCACCAGACUUCCUCCCUUCCUCCAAAAUCCUCCUCGUUUGACACUCUUCCUGCUCCAUCUUCUUCCUCCUACACCCUUCCUCCAACAUCCUCCUCGUUUGACACACUUCCUGCUCCAUCUUCUUCCUCCUACACCCUUCCUCCAACAUCCUCCUCGUUUGACACUCUUCCUGCUCCAUCUUCUUCCUCCUACACCCUUCCUCCAACAUCCUCCUCGUUUGACACUCUUCCUGCUCCAUCUUCUUCCACCUACACCCUUCCUCCAACAUCCUCCUCGUUUGACACUCUUCCUGCUCCAUCUUCUUCCUCCUACACCCUUCCUCCAACAUCCUCCUCGUUUGACACUCUUCCUGCUCCAUCUUCUUCCUCCUACACCCUUCCUCCAACAUCCUCCUCGUUUGACACUCUUCCUGCUCCAUCUUCUUCCUCCUACACCCUUCCUCCAACAUCCUCCUCGUUUGACACUCUUCCUGCUCCAUCUUCUUCCACCUACACCCUUCCUCCAACAUCCUCCUCGUUUGACACUCUUCCUGCUCCAUCUUCUUCCUCCUACACCCUUCCUCCAACAUCCUCCUCGUUUGACACUCUUCCUGCUCCAUCUUCUUCCUCCUACACCCUUCCUCCAACAUCCUCCUCGUUUGACACUCUUCCUGCUCCAUCUUCUUCCUCCUACACCCUUCCUCCAACAUCUUCCUCGUUUGACACUCUUCCUGCUCCAUCUUCUUCCACCUACACCCUUCCUCCAACAUCCUCCUCGUUUGACACUCUUCCUGCUCCAUCUUCUUCCUCCUACACCCUUCCUCCAACAUCCUCCUCGUUUGACACUCUUCCUGCUCCAUCUUCUUCCUCCUACACCCUUCCUCCAACAUCCUCCUCGUUUGACACACUUCCUGCUCCAUCUUCUUCCUCCUACACCCUUCCUCCAACAUCCUCCUCGUUUGACACUCUUCCUGCUCCAUCUUCUUCCUCCUACACCCUUCCUCCAACAUCCUCCUCGUUUGACACACUUCCUGCUCCAUCUUCUUCCUCCUACACCCUUCCUCCAACAUCCUCCUCGUUUGACACUCUUCCUGCUCCAUCUUCUUCCUCCUACACCCUUCCUCCAACAUCUUCCUCGUUUGACACUCUUCCUGCUCCAUCUUCUUCCACCUACACCCUUCCUCCAACAUCCUCCUCGUUUGACACUCUUCCUGCUCCAUCUUCUUCCUCCUACACCCUUCCUCCAACAUCCUCCUCGUUUGACACUCUUCCUGCUCCAUCUUCUUCCACCUACACCCUUCCUCCAACAUCCUCCUCGUUUGACACUCUUCCUGCUCCAUCUUCUUCCACCUACACCCUUCCUCCAACAUCCUCCUCGUUUGACACUCUUCCUGCUCCAUCUUCUUCCUCCUCCAGCCUUCCUCCAACAUCCUCCUCGUUUGACACUCUUCCUGCUCCAUCUUCUUCUUCCUACACCCUUCCUCCUCCUUCCUCCACCUCCUACACUCUUCUUCCUCCUCCUUCAUCUUCUUCCUCCUCCUCCAGCCUUCCUCCAACUUUUUCCUCAUUUGACACUCUUCCUCCUCCUCCAUCUUCUUCCUCCUCCAGCCUUCCUCCAACUUCUUCCUCAUUUGACACUCUUCCUCCUCCUUCAUCUUCCUCCUCCUCCAGCCUUCUUCCUCCUUCCUCUACUUUCUACACUUUUCCUCCUCCUCCAUCGUCUUCCUCCUCCAGCCUUCCUCCUCCUUCCUCCAGCCUUCUUCCUCCUUCCUCCACCUUCUACACUCUGCCUCCUCCUCCAUCGUCUUCCACUUCCUUCCUUCACCUUCUACACUCUUCCUACUCCUCCAUCGUCAAAUUUUUCAAACCUUUCACCUACAAACCCUUCUUACCCCUGCCAGAACACCCAUACAGUUCCUCCACAAUAAUUCCAAGGUCAGGAGGCAAACAAAGAAAAUGGAUGUAUAAGCAAGCAGAAUGCCAAGUACAUGCCAGAUUGAAACAAUUUCCAUAUGACAAGAUCAUAAGGAGGAGGACAUCAAAGGAAGGUGUUGAAGAGGUCAAAGUAAGAUGGAAGCCGUGCUCAGGAUGUGGGAUGAAAUGGACAGACACCUGGGAGCCCUACAAUCUUUUAUCUCCAGAAUAAGGAUCCAUGUCCCUGUGCCUUUAUCAGUGUUUAUUCAGAUUUUAUGAAUGAAUGCUUAUUCAAACUUUAUGUACCUGUUCUUGGUUAAGUUACUGUGUUUGUUUAUUGUUCAUGUUUUCUUGUACAAUAUACUUUAAGUGCAUGUAACUGUUUAUUUGCUGUUUUCUUAUACUUCUAAUAAUUGAUUGACAUUACU